UCUUCUUCUCUCCCUUUGCCUCUCGUUUAAUCUGCGGCUGCUUCGAAGGUUGAGAGAGUCCAUCAUCGAUGGAGGUAAUAAUAAUUGGAGGAAAGGGCUCAUCUCUUUCUUCAUCAUCUGUUUAUGCCAUUGCAAAUGGUCUCAGUAAGGUGGAUAUCGAUUCGUCAGUAUCCAAGAAGCUAGAUUUCAAUUCUCCUCAUCUGAAUUACUCCCUAGGUGAGGUAAAGUCCAUCCCCAAUUCCCUUCUAACAUUAAUUGAAACUCGUGCAUGUCUUGUUCUUCUUCUCAACAAGCUCAUAAUCACUCAGAUUGAUAUUCGUUUUCUUCUUCCCGAUUUAAUUUGCAAGACCCUUAACCAGGAAAGAUUUGAUUUUCGAAAUUUGGAUUUUUCUUCUGCGUUAGGGUUUUUAGAUUCAUUUUUCAAAUUGAAUGGUAUUACCCUAGGUGACACAGGAUAUACUCCAGGGGAAUUGAAUGUUCUAGAGAAAUCGGUUUACGGAAUUUGUGCAAUUUUAGAUUCUUGUUCAUCUUCUUUAUCGCCUAUUGCCGAUGCUGUUGCCUCGUUAUCUUGCGAAGCUUUGAAUGCUGAUGCAUCUGUACUAGCAGUCAGGUCAUUGGAUUCCGGUAAUGGGUUUUCAAUUAAGGAUGUGGUAUCUGUUGCUAGGGAUUUCAAGGUUUUACUUAACGGGUCAAAUCUGCUUGUUGGCAAAACCAAGGGUUGCCAGUUGCUAUCUGACAUAACUGAGGUUCAUGGAAGUUUUAGGGAAAGUGUUAAGCAGAUACACUCGAUAACACUUGUGGAGCUGAAUACUAGUGUGAAAAUUAGCAAGGAUGGUUCGUCCAGCAGCGCAGGGAGUCAGAAAACAUUAGUGAAGACAUUUUUUUCUUUUGCGAUGUCAGUCUUUCAUCUAGGUGAGAGUAGUUUCUAUCGAGCUAGAUUAUUGGCAGAUGUUGCUGGCUCCAAUAUGGGGAAGAUAUUUCAAUGCGGCUGCCCAAACAUUGAUGAGUUGAGAAAUGCCAUCACGUCGAUAACGACACUAGCUGCAUGUGGAGUGAAUUAUCUUGGUUUCUUUCAUGUUAUAAACAGGUUAGUGGCAACAGUUAAAGAUAUUCUUGCUUGGGAAGCUGUGUUGGCAAUUCAUUCACUUGAAAGGAUGGAGUCAUUAGAGAGGAGUGAAGAGAUUUCGGUUGCAUCUUUAAGUGUUGAAGCCAACAGAGUGAAGGAAAGUCCAGUAGAAGAGAACCAAAAGAAAAACAAGGUGCUUUUGGGUAAGGGAACUGUGGUAAUAAAGCAGCUCCUUAAGGACCGGUUGAAGACUGGUGGCGAUCCAUUCUGGGAUUGCGCACACUUUAAUAAUUGGGUGUGCAAUCUCUCUUUGUUUUUUGAGCCAAAGGAUCCAGAACUUCACAAGUUUUUGAAGAAAAUGAAGGAGAUGGUAGAGACUAAUGAGUCUAGAAGACUUCCCAAGGUUCCCAAGGGGACUCGAGAUUUUUCGAAAGAGCAAAUGGCCAUCAGGGAAAGAGCAUUUAAAAUCAUAGAAGGGGUGUUUAAAAGGCAUGGGGCCAUGGCCCUUGAUACUCCUGCUUUUGAAUUGAGAGAGACUCUCAUGGGAAAAUAUGGUGAAGACUCAAAGCUGGUGUUUGACCUUGCUGAUCAGGGUGGUGAGCUAUGCUCUCUUCGGUACGAUCUUACCGUACCAUUUGCUAGGUAUGUAGCAAUGAACGCCAUCUCUUCAUUUAAAAGGUACCAGAUUGGUAAGGUAUAUCGAAGGGACAACAUAUCUAAGGGACGAUUCCGCGAAUUCUACCAGUGUGACUUUGAUAUUGCUGGUCAAUAUUGUGCAAUGGGACCUGAUUUUGAGGUUGUUAAAGUUUUGACCGAGCUACUGGAUGAAUUAAACAUUGGGGAUUAUGAGAUUAAACUGAAUCACCGAAAGCUGCUGGAUGGAAUGCUGGAAAUUUGUGGAGUUCCACCCGAAAAAUUCAGAACAAUAUGCUCAAGCAUUGAUAAGUUAGACAAGAAUGGGUUUGACGGUAUCAAGAAGGAGAUGGUGGAAGAGAAAGGCUUGGCUGCUGAAGUGGCAGAUAAAAUUGGUGCUCUUAUGAAUAAGCAUGGACCUCCUUUGGAGUUGCUGUCUGAAUUGAAACAACAAGGCAGCCAGUUCCUAGAAAAUGAUAGAUCUAAUCUUGCAUUGAAGGAUUUAGAGAUUCUUUUCCAAGCAUUGGAAAGAUCAAAAUGUGCACAUAGAGUGGUUUUUGACUUGAGUCUUGCGAGAGGUCUUGACUAUUAUACCGGGGUAAUAUUUGAAGCUGUUUUUAAAGGCACAGGCACUACAGAGGUUGGUUCAAUUGCAGCUGGAGGGCGUUAUGACAAUCUUAUAGGAAUGUUUGGUGCGAGGCAAGUCCCAGCAGUUGGUGUUAGCCUCGGAAUUGAGCGGGUUUUUACCAUAAUGAUGGAACAGCUUGGGAAGGAUGGUAACCAGUCGAUCCGGGCCACAGAAACACAAGUCUUGGUUAGUAUUUUUGAAGAGGAUCUGGGGCAAGCUGCUGAACUGGUGAGCGAAUUGUGGAGUGCUAAAGUGAAAGCAGAGUACCUGGUUAGUAAGAGAGUUACAAAACAUAUGGAGCGUGCCAAAGAAUCUAGGAUACCACUCAUGGUAAUUGUUGAUCGUAAAGGCAUAGUUAGAAUUAGAGACGUGGAGGCCAACACAGAGGAGGUGGUUUCCAGGAAUACAGUUGUCGAGAAUAUGCGGAGGCGUUUGAACCUUGGACCCUUGUCAACCCCCUUCCUCCUGUAGAUCUCAGAAAUGUUUUCAGAUCUAAUUUUUAAUACAUUUUCUAGUUUUACCUUCUUGUUGAA